UUUCCUCUCUUUAGAUUCAACGGGCGAGGAUUUCACGAAACCAAGGAAGCAACGUUUGAGUUCCUUCUAACAAAGACCUUUUUUUUGGUUCGAAAAGGGAUUUUUCUCGAAGGAGCUGGAGCUUGAUUCCCGCCACUCAAAUUAUUGUAGAAAGUGAUGGCUGAAUUAAGGAUAGAAGAAAGUUGUCUUCAGAAGAAGCAAUUAACCACCGCCUCAAGUUCUUCUAUAUCCGAAGAUGGCGGCAAUGCGGUUGUAAAGUCCCCAGGUGUAUCUAGUCCGGCACCAACAUCACCAAGUCACCGGAGAACUACUGGCCCUAUUAGGCGAGCAAAAGGUGGUUGGACGCCAGAAGAGGAUGAGACGUUAAGGAAUGCUGUUGCAGCUUUUAAGGGGAAGAGUUGGAAAAAAAUAGCUGAAUUUUUUCCAGAUAGAUCAGAGGUGCAAUGUCUACACAGAUGGCAGAAAGUCCUGAACCCCGAUCUUGUUAAAGGACCUUGGACUCAAGAGGAGGAUGAUAAAAUUAUUGAACUUGUAUCAAAAUAUGGGCCCACAAAAUGGUCUGUUAUUGCAAAAUCUUUGCCUGGACGGAUAGGGAAACAAUGCCGUGAGAGAUGGCACAACCAUUUGAAUCCUGAUAUAAAGAAAGAUGCUUGGACGUUAGAGGAGGAGUUGGCCCUUAUGAAUGCGCAUCGGACAUAUGGGAACAAGUGGGCUGAAAUUGCUAAAGUUUUACCUGGAAGGACUGAUAAUGCAAUAAAGAACCACUGGAAUAGUUCCUUGAAGAAGAAGUUAGAUUUCUAUUUGGCUACAGGGAAGCUUCCGCCAGUUUCAAAGAAUGGUUUCCAAAAUGGGACUAAGGAUAUAAAAACACCUACUAACAAAAUUUUCCUAGUUUGUUCGGAAAAAGAAUCAGGUUCCCCUGCUCAAACAUCAUCUGAAACAACAAAUACAUGUAAGCUAAGUGAAGAUGGGAAAGACCGAUUGGAGUCCUCUGCUCCAGUUCAAGAUAUGGUUACUUCAUCAAGUGUUGCUCCAAAUCAGUCCGCUGAUACUGAAAGUGCAAAGUGCAAGCCGCGGUCAUCUGAUGUAAAUCCGUGCUGCAGUAACUCAGAGUCGGGGGUGAAGUUCGUGAAUCAAGGAAUGAGCUCUCAAAUUGGUGAAGACAAAGUUUGUGAGACACAGGUAGGGCUUGACACUCCAACUUAUGGCUCUUUAUGUUGUGAAUCACCUAGAUUACGAGGUGGUACUACAUUAGAUUCAGAAAAUUUUAGAAAGGGAGUGCAGCACGAAUGGACUUCUAUUAAAUCACCGAUUAGUUUCUUCACUCCGCCUUGUGUGAAGAGCAGUGGUUUUGGUAAACACAGUCCCGAGUAUAUUCUUAGAAUUGCUGCUAAGACCUUCCCAAACACACCUUCUAUAUUUCGAAAGAGAAAGUCCAAAGCCCAGUCACAUGCAACGUGGAACAAGGAUGCUUUCAAGGAUAUGAUUCUAGUAUCUGGUGAACUGGAAAGAACUGAAAACAGUAUAGAACGGUCUCAGUUUCAUGAUGGAGAUUCAUGUGAGAGUCCUGCUUGUCAAGACAAUAGCAACACUGGGCCUAAUUGUACAGCUUUUAAUGCAUCUCCUCCAUACCGGUUAAGAUCUAAAAGAACUGCUGUUUUUAAGUCGGUAGAGAGACAACUUGAGUUGACAUUCGAUAAAGAGAGGCAUGAAGGUAAGACAAAAGCUUUGGAUUUAUCAUUGAUCGGCAGCACUCCUGUUGAAGACCGCUUGAAUACGACAAGGAUGGGAGUCACAUAGCGCUCAAACUGGUGGGAGAAAUAUUCUUUUGAAGUUGGCUCGGUGUUUCCGAAGCAAUGACAUCCGGAUUGAGAUUUGUCGUCCCAGCAGACUAUGCGGGGCACCUUCAAUGCCAUUGCUCGAUCAUCUUGCAGAUAUUUGUUAAUCUGACACUCUUAGUGGUAUCAAGACAUACAUGAACCCCAAUCAUGGACAAAAUCCCAGAUUUCCAACCUGUGUCGUUUUGAAGAAUAGACUCGGUAUUUUGUACACCGACUCCAAUAGAAUGUUCCUAAGCUGAGAUAGAGAGGUUGAAGGGGUUUCUGAGAUAUUUUUCUGUUCCCUCUCAUUUGCAUACAAAAUAACAAUAAUAAUAUAUUCUUCAAUACAUGUUGGUUGAUUCUCUUUGCCA